GCUAGAGAUAGUCAGUAUUUCAUGAAUAUAUACGAUAAGCGCGUGCACAUAGUCAAUGUGAUAUGAUUGUCCUUGACAGCUCAGUGUGUUCUGUCGCAGUUAAGAUGCCUACAUAUAAACUGACAUACUUUAACAUCGUGGGCUUGGGGGGCCCGAUUAGAUUUCUUCUGAGUUACGGCGGCGUCGAGUUCGAGGAUAUUCGUAUCCAAUAUUCGAAUUGGCCCGAAGCUAAGCCAAAAACACCUUUCGGCCAAGUACCAACUCUUGAGAUAGACGGAAAGGUCUACUACCAAACUUUACCGAUUUGUCGUUACCUCGCAAAGCAGUUCAACCUUCUCGGCAAAAGCGAUCUGGACGCUCUGGAAAUUGAUGCCGUCGCAAAUACUGUGCAUGAUCUCAGAAAAAUGGUAUCGUUGUACUUCUUCGAGCAGGAUUCGGCCGAAAAGGCAAAGAAAAAGGAGACCCUGGUCACCACGACGCUUCCCUUUUACCUGAAGAGGUUGGACGAUACAGUAAAGAAAAACGGCGGCUAUUUUCACGGCGGCGAGCUUAGCUACGCGGAUUUGUUCUUUGCCGCGGUUCAGCAUAACAUAAAAGGUUUCAUGAAGAAUGACGUCUUCGAGGACUAUCCAAACUUGAAACAAUUGAUUGAUAAAGUUCACGCCUUACCUAAAAUCGCUGCGUGGUUGGCGAAAAGCCCGAAGACCGAUUGGUGGCCCAUUGAGGUCGGCACAGCGGCAUAUCUUGGAAAUAAUGUAUUCUUGAGAACAUCAAAGUUUCAGGAAGAAAUGCCGAAAUAUAAGCUAACUUACUUCAAUGUGACAAGUCUGGGAGAACCGAUAAGAUUUCUCCUAAGUUACGGCGGUGCAGAUUUCGAAGAUGUGCGUAUAGACAGACAAAACGAGUGGCCGGCAAUCAAGCAUACUAUGCCUUUUGGCCAGGUACCAAUUCUCGAGAUAGAUGGAAAGGUUUAUUACCAAACUCUACCGAUAUGUCGUUACCUUGCACGGCAGUUUAACAUCGGUGGCCAAACCGAUUUAGACGCCCUGGAAAUCGAUGCUAUCGCAAAUUCGGUUUACGACCUCAGAAAACUCGCAGCACUUUACUACUGGGAAGCGAAUCCGGAUGAGAAGGCUAAGAAAAGAGAGACUCUGGUGAACGCGUCUCUUCCCUUUUAUUUGAAAAAGUUCGACGAAAUUUUAAAGGAUAACGCUGGCUAUUUUCACGGAGGAGAGCUCAGCUACGCGGAUUUGUUCUUCGCUGCAGCUUAUCAUAACAUAAACAGUUUCAUGGGCUUUGACGUCGCAAAGGAUUACCCAAACUUGAGACGACUGUGUUCCGUUGCACUCAAAAUGCCCGCAUAUAGAGUAACAUACUUUAACAUCGUGGGCUUGGGGGGCCCGAUUAGAUUUCUUCUGAAUUACGGCGGCGUCGAGUUCGAGGAUAUUCGUAUCGAACAUUCGAAUUGGCCCGAAGCUAAGCCAAAAACACCUUUCGGCCAAGUACCAACUCUUGAGAUAGACGGAAAAGUCUACUACCAAACUUUACCGAUUUGUCGUUACCUCGCAAAGCAGUUCAACCUUCUCGGCAAAAGCGAUCUGGACGCUCUGGAAAUUGAUGCCGUCGCAAAUACUUCUUCGCGACUGGUUCGUUACGACUCAUCGUCAGCUUUGAGGAUAGGACUCAAGUUCAGUUUGUUCCGAGUCAACAGAGUCGAGGUUGGGGUGCGUGCAGGGCUCGUGCUUUUGGUGAUACGAAAAUUUCGUUACCUACGGUACUUUAAUCUUACAUCUGAUAAGAAUACAAAAAUGCCUCAGUACAAACUGAUCUAUUUCAACACGACGGGAAUAGCUGAACUUGCGCGAUAUCUAUUCAGCUAUGCAGAUCAGGAUUUUGAAGAUGUGAGACACGAUAUUACGACUUGGCCGAAGUUCCAACACGAGACACCCUACGGAGUGUUGCCGUUAUUGGAAAUCGACGGGAAGGUUUACAACCAGAGCUUGGCGAUCGGCAGAUACUUGGCCAAAGAGUUCAACUUGACCGGUAGUAACAAACUGGAAGAUUUGGAAAUCGACUCCAUGGUAGACACGAUCAACGAUUACAGAAAUGUAUUCAGUCAGUACUUAUGGGAGGCGAACAAGAUCGCGAAAUCCAAAAGGAAGGAACAGCUUGUGCAGGAAAAACUUCCAUUCUAUUUGAACAGGUUUGAAGAUCGGGUGAAAGCAAAUGGCGGCUACUUCGUCGGUGGAAAGCUGACUUGGGCCGACCUGUGGUUCGUUUCGCUGAAGCCAUACCUCGACUUUGUCAUUGGAUUCGACACUCUGAAGAAUCACGCUGCUCUGACAGAGCAUGCGAACAAGAUCAACGCGAUUCCCAACAUAAAGAAAUGGCUCGAUACUCGGCCAACCGAAUGCUGCCUACAAGAAUUCUUGGACGCCAAGCAACAGGACUGAUCGAACGCUUCUGCGCGGUGUAAUUAUCAUUAAUUCACGAUGUAAGAUCAAUCUUACACCACCUGGCGUGAUUUUGUAAAAUGAAUUCACAAGACAGGAAUCCUAUGUAACUUGUUCUCUUCGCAUUAAAUAAAAAGUGUUUUUGUAUUCCAACA